AUAGUGUUACUGUACGGUUUCUCUCCAGAAGUGUUUCUGUUGUACGAAAAGCUGUGAGCGGGCGGCUACUAAACUGUUUUUCUGGCGAAAAAUCGCGGACGACGUUUCCCCGCUGUGGGCUAGCUUAGCAUAAUCGGUCAAAUGGCUCGUAUGCAAACAGAAAAUAGACGUGGUACACUUACGUCGAAGAGCUUAAAAAGAUUUAGCUGCGGCGAAUUACAGACCAUAAAGUGUGUCGCUGUCGGUGACAGCUGUGUCGGUAAGACCUCUCUCCUCGUCACCUACACCAGCAAUUCCUUUCCUGAGCAGUACAUACCAACAGUGUUUGAUGAGUACUUAUCAGAGGUUUUAUUGGAUGGUAGACCGGUUUCUCUGCACCUUUGGGACACAGGAGGACGCCCUGAUAAUGAUAAACUCCGCCCCCUUUCUCAUGCAGAAACGGAUGUGUUCCUCCUCUGCUUUUCACUCGUCAGUCCUGCCUCAUUUGAUAAUGUUUGUGCCAAGUGGUAUCUGGAGGUGAGACACCACUGUCCCAACACUCCCAUCAUCCUGGUGGGAACCAAGUUGGAUCUCAGAGAUGACAAGGAAACCACUGAUAAGCUGAAGGAGAAGAAACUCUCUCCUAUCACUUAUCCUCAAGGUCUAGCUAUGGCCAAACAGAUCGGUUCUGUCAAGUACCUGGAGUGCUCAGCCCUGACUCAGCGCGGCCUUAAAGCAGUCUUUGAUGAAGCUAUUCGAGCCGUCCUGUGCCCUCUACUCGAAAUGGACACGGAGAGCAAGAAGUGUUCUCUCCUCUGAGACGUCCUACAGCACAGCAGUUUAUAGGGGGGUGUGACACCUAGUGGGGAGGGCGCCUACAUUCACAGGAGAAACACACUAGUAUGUAAAAACAAUGUGCUUCAGAUUCUUUCCUUCCAUAAGUGUAAUUACAGCUGUUUUGAUGA